GCGAUUUAAAAAUCCAUUUGCACUUUCCCGGAAGCGGCCGCGCGCGCGAUCUGUUACGUGCGCGAUGCAACGUAAACAAGAGUGUCGCUGUUGACAGAUGUACGACAGCUGAUUCCUUCGCAUCUCUUUUGAACUGUAUUCUAAUCAACAUUUAAUGGAAAAUAGACAAGAGUACGAGGAUCGGGGAACGGUGCAUACAGCACUGAUGGAGGCAUCGCUCGGAGCGCGCUGGCGUUCGACGGAGUCUGCAAUAAACAAACUCCAAGUGAUCUCCAGUCGAGCGGCAUCGGAGGGCGAGCUAAAAUCGUGCGAACGUCGCGGGAGCAGCCGUCGAAGGAACGCCGCGGAGAUGGGCAGCACGGACAAGGCCGUGAUCACGGGGUUCAUAUGCAGGCUUUGCAGUAAGAUGAACCGCUUCGUGAUCCACAUCUACGGGGAAGAGGGCGAGAGAAUGAAACUCGCCGAGAAGAUAAACACCUAUCUGCCGAUUACGGUAAACAUGAAUGACCCGCUACCAAAGACUGCAUGUUUACAUUGCAUCGAACGAUUAGAGGCGCAUCAUGAGUUAAUGGAACAAAUCAUGUACACCAGGCGGAGAUUAAACACCGAUAAUAAGGCAACUGCAGUAGCAUCCUCUUCCGCGACAACCGUAGACACAGCUCCAACAUCUAGCCCACCUCCUUGUUGACAUGUGCAAUGGAACAUAGUAUAUCCUUUCGCUCAAAGCGCCAUUCGCCAAGCUCGGAUGAUUCCCAUAUAAUUUUUCAUUUCAUUUUAACAGAUUAUAAGUGAAACGUGUAAAGAAAAGGACAGAGGGUGAGGUAAAAUGUAACAUUACAUUUUUCUACGUAAACACGAUAUUUUCAUGUUACAUUAUUCGUUUCAAGUAUUCAUUAACGGUAUUAAAGAAAAUUAUUCAAUGCCAAUGUCCAUUACUACUAUUUUCUGAGGGAACAAAAUAUCUCAAAAAUAUAGAAAAUAAUCAAACGGAACAAAAGAAAUAUAACGUUGCACAAAGA